AGAAAGAGCAUGCGGCGUCGCUUGGUUUAAUCCGACAUACACGGGCGUCCUUUCCAAAGCAGCAAUGAAUCACUCGGCACCUGCUCAAUCUGAGUGCACCUCAAUUCGUCGAAGCGUAUUGUCGUUGGCAGUGCGAGCUCCGCUCAAGAGGGAAUAAAAAGAUGAGUCUCAUGUGCACAGUCGGAGGAGAAUGAGUUUUGCAGCAACAAAC